AUGUCUGUGCCUCUCACCAAGGUCGACUCUGCCAUCGCUGGCUUGUCUAUAGACGACAAAGCCCCUAAACCCUCCGAGAAGGAAGUCAAGAAGACGCAUAAGCGCACCCCAUCCAAAUCGGGCGAAGUCUGGAAUAUCAAAGACCUGGAGGAACAAAAGAUCGAGCUCUCGCUCCCAAUCGAGACACAAAAGACCGGGUGGAAACUCAACACCUCACCAAACACCGUCGAGGAUCGGGAUAUCCUCAAGCUGCACCUCGUUAACCCGCCAGUCAAGAAGAUUGACUUGCAUUUCCCCCUGGGCCUGGAGGUCACUGCCCGGAAUUUGAAGGGCGUCACAAUCAAGGACGCACUAGACGCCAUCCACAAGCAGUUCAAGAAGAAGGCUGACGACGAGUUGGAAAAGCCCUACCUCGCUGGCUUCGAGUGGGACAAGGAGGAGUCCUGGACGCGGCUCAUUGUGCACCAGAAGAAAGAGAACACAGCAGCACAACCCAGCGGCAAGAAGUCCAAAAAGAAGAACAAGGAAGAGGCAUAG